AUCACAUCAGUAUAGGUGCUAGUUUAGCCAGCACCGGUAUGUUAGCAGUACGCGAUUGAGGUUGUACGCGAUACAGUUUAAACAGUACAUUUGACAGAUACUGAUUCAUAUUUUUCGAAAGAUCAUUUUAAACUUCUUCAAAACUAUUUAAUACGUACGUAACGUGAAAUUAAUCAAUAGUAAGCAAAAAAUAUCAUUUUAUUCUCCUAUCAUCCAAGAACUGGUGGUCAAAAUGGCGGAAAAGAAUGACUCGCCGGGUUCCACCUCAACUUCUACAGGACACGAAAGUCAACAACUACUUUCAGGUUUCAUAGCUGAAAUCGUAAAGAGUCCAAUAAAUCUUCUUUUAGUAGGCGUGAUCGCCUUUUUGGUUUACAAAAUAGUUAAAAGCAAGACGAAGAUUGAAGAGCCCGUAAAAGAGAUAAAGAAACUGCCAAAAAUACGACGUGAUUUUACACUCGAAGAGUUGAAGAAAUAUAAUGGUACGGGACCAGAUGGACGAAUAUUAAUUGCUAUAAAUGGUAGUGUUUACGACUGUACUCGUGGUGCCCACUUUUAUGGUCCUGGUGCUCCAUAUGAAGUAUUUGGUGGGAAAGAUAUUAGCAGAGCCUUAGCAAAAUUUUCAUUGGAAACAUCGCAGGAAUAUGAUGACCUAAGCGAUUUGAAAACUGCAGAAAUGGAGUCUAUAAGGGAGUGGAAUGAACAAUUUAAAGAAAAAUAUGAUUAUGUGGGAAAAUUGUUGAAACCUGGUGAAGCACCUACAAAUUAUUCAGAUGAGGAAGAUGAAGGUAGUCAACUAGAGAAUGAAGCAAAAUCCAAAAAUGAUUGACUGCUUGAUUGUACAUCAAAUGCCAAACAGUCUCAAAAGGAUAUUGCGCACACUCCAUUAAAGAAAUUCUUAAAAUCGUGACUCAUGAAUAUAUUUAUGGACAUUUAUCUGGAUAUUUUACUACGUCAUAAUGAUAUUAAAAUAAAAACUAAAAUGGUAUCUUUUGACCGAGUUAAAAACAUAUAAUUGUUCAAAACUGAUGUUAUGUGUGAAGAUUUUUUUUUUAGUAUCCAAUUUUUCAACCAAUAAGGAUACUUUAAUAGUAUAAUGUUUUUAUAUGUGUACAAAAAGUUUCUUACACAUCCUUAAAACUGGCACUAGACAUAAGACAGAAAUCUUUUGUGCUAUAUUCCAUUAAAUAUCUUUGUUUAUAUUAUCAUUCACGUUUGCCACAUAGCAUUUGGUACAUAUAUGUAUUUGGUAUCUGUAAACUUUAAUAAAAUGAUGUUAUAUUUGA